AUGUACAACGGUAUAGGCGACCCCGACGAUCAUAUCGCUGAGUACAAGCAGCGGAUGCUCACGGUUGCACUUCCAAAAGAGUCCCGCGAAGCUACAAUGUGUAAAGGUCCAUCCAUAUCCUCUUUCGCGAGCCUUAGCGACAAGUUUGUGGAGAAAUUCGCAAGUAGUAGGAGACUGAAGAAGACUUCAGACGGUCUCUACGAGAUUCUUCAGAAUCGGGUAGAACCCCUGCGAGACUACAUAGCCCGCUUCAACCAAGAGAAGGUGGCAGUUCCCGAGUGCAGCAUCCCUACCACGAUCUCUGCGUUCAAAAGGGGCCUGCUUCCAGACGGGGGCCUCUACAAAGAAUUAACCAUGUAUCCCUGCAAGACCAUGGAAGAUGUGUUAUCCCGAGCCUGGGCGCAAGUGAAGUGGAAUGAAGACGUCGCUAGCCGCACUAAAGCCCAGCCGAAGCAGGACCAAAAGUCAGCUCGAUCAGAUCAAGGAAAUCGGGAUGAAAGAUCCUUCCAAAGAGCUACCAAGGACUCCGGGAAUAGAAACCGGGGCAGGUUCCAGUACCGACCCCUGGAAAAGGAAGAAGGAAUGUCGGUAUCCACUUGGCCCAACAUUUCCCAUCUCUCGAUAUCUACACCGGAGCUAGUCAACGUCUUGAGGCAGAUGGGCCAACAGGUCAAGUGGCCUCAAAAGAUGAAGGCACCUGACUCGUUCUGGAACCCCUGCCUCUGGUGCGACUUCCAUCGCGACCACGGUCACAAAACUGAAGACUGCGUCGCUCUAACGAUUGAGGUCAAUGAACUACUCCAAAAGAGGCAUCUCCGGGAAUUCCUCUCAGAAAAAGCCAGGAACCAUCUAAAAAAAGAGGCGUCGGUGAAAUCCGCUGGAGCUAUACCCGCCUUGCCACCUCGCCAGGACCAAGUGAUCCAUAUCAUAUCUGGAGGCUCAGAGAUAAGUGGCGUGAGCCAUGCAGCUACCAAGAAAAGCCCCUGCAACGCCAAGCACGGCCUGGAGACGACCAAACCAAAGCGCUUGCUCCUAGGUACCGACGAAAUAAGCUUCACAGCCAAGGAGCAGGAGAGGAUCCUGGCCCCCCACCAUGAUGCUCUGGUUAUCUCACUCACCGUAGCAAACUGCUUGGUGAAAAGAAUACUAGUGGACAACGGUAGCUCCAGCAACAUCAUCUUCCAGAUUGCGUACCAGGACCUAGGGCUGGAGGAGAGUGACCUGACGUGA